AUGUUAUGGGAUUGUGUAAAUGAGAUUUCCGGUAAAAGGAAUAAAAAGGCAGAAAUAGAUAAGAUAAAAAUCGAAAGUGGGGAAGAAAUAUCCAAUAAAAAUGAUAUUGCUCAGAAGUUUUUGGAACACUUCACAAGCAUUGGUGAAAAACUGACAGAGAAGAUACCACGCACUGCUCCUAUCAAACAACUGAAUCAGCUGUAAUGGUAGCUUCCGACCUUCCGAUGGAAAACACUAGUGCGAGGUCAAAAAGUCUAGCAGGUUUCAACUUGAAGUAAUACAUUCAUAGCUAGUAGUUAAGUACAAACGAAAACUGGUGGUGAGUUUGAAUUCUUAUAGUCAGGCACCACGUGCUAAAAAAAUCACAUGUCUUCAGUACAACAAAAUGAAGAAUGGGAAGAGAGCUUUGAAUGUUUUCUGGACCAAAAAGAG